AUGGCACAGUCGCACUUCUCGAAUCCAGCAACUCCACCCACGGCACAGUCCAAGCUGCCUAGUAGUUCCCUACACGAUCUAUCCCGAGAACCCAAUCAACCAGAAGAUACUCCAAUCCCAAGGAUUUACGUUCUCCGGACGGAGCCUGAGUACUUACAUACAUCUAUACCCCAAGGACCCUCCUCCCUCUCCUCCAAUACGCCAUCAUCAUCAUCAUCAUCUUCUUCUUCUUCUUCUUCUUCUUCGAAAUUUCGAUACGCUAUACAGCGUACGCCCUACGCUAAUAGCCGCUGCCCGUUCACGGCCACGCGCAAUGCUACCGACACCCAGACUACCCAACCCACCUUACCGUGCAAGCAACAGUGA